UUCUAUAAAAUUGUAUUGAAAAUUUUAUAUCUACUUGUUUUGUUCAUACACUAUUUCACAAACACAAUUACUAAAACAUAAACGAAAUUAAAUAUAGAGUAAUUUAAUUUCAGAACCGUUUCAAUCAAUAAAGUAAAUAAUAUGGCAAUACAAUAUGGCGAUGUUGUGGUAAAUUGACAGCUGUGUUUUGUCUUUGUGCGAACAAUUUGUGAUGUUUAUUUCCUACUGGACCAUUUAGGAUUAAAAAUUAACAAUGACCAGACCGUACGGCAAUAGUGACAAGCGUUUUUCAAUCGACGAUGCCUUCGAGGAGGAGACAGACGAAGCGAUCAAAGUGUAUGGUGCAACAGGAGAUAGAUCUCCUCUACAGAAUAAGUUAAAGAAUGGAGGUGAUUUCUUGUCAAGUAAAACCUACAAAUGCACCGAAGACACAACUUCAAGAGACUCGGACUCGCUCAUCCACGAGUAUGUGGAAGCCACACAGUCCAUGUACUGCUGGAACCACCCAAAAGUCCGGGAGAACUGGAAAACAGUCUUCGCGGCUGUCGUACUCCUUCUAGUGGGAGUGGGCCUCCUGGGCAUGGGUGUUUUUGCUGUGGCUGAACCAGAAAAUGGUCUACAGGGUGCUGUGUUCUUCGUGGCAGGUCUUAUAUGCUUCGUGCCUGGUGCGUAUCACGUCGUUUACAUCUGGCAAGCCGCAAGAGGACAACGAGGGUAUGAUUUCUACCAUCUACCGCUGUUCACAUGAUUUGUUGAAUUUAAAUUCUAGUUAUGCAGAUGUAAAGUGACAGUUACAAGGUGCUGCAGGCAGCUCUCUAAACGGAUAUGGAUCAAGAAGUCUUGUGCAAGUGAGAGAGGUAUAUGUGGAAAUUACUUUGAUUAUACUUUGGAGAAAAUAGGUUCACAUACGCUAUGGAUUUUAGUUGUACUUUUAAUUGCGUUUUUAAUGUGAAAUUAUUCAUAAAAAAUCAACUUCAUUAAAGACUAUUCAAAAUAUUUUAAAGCCCAUAUUUAACAUUUGACAAAAUCAUGACAAAAUAUUACACGUAUCAGAUUUCAAUUUGAAAUUUUUACUACAAAAUUACGCGCAAACAAAAAUAUAAUAUUUUAAAAUUCGUUCUUUUAACUGCUUAUAAUGAUAUUAAAUUAUACCAAAUGUAAAUGGCUAAUGGCCUAAAAUUGCACACAAGUUUUUUUAAAGCAUAGAAAUAUAGUGGUCUUCUUUGCACGAGUUGGUCUUUUGUGUUAUUAUAAUAUGCUUUUGCGCUUAUUUAUUGUCAAAUUUAAAAUUCUGUCCAACUUUUUGAUUAUUUUCUAUAUAAACUGAUCGGUAAAUUUUAAAUGUGUUGCGGACUAGUUGUUAAUAUAUAUACUAGACGCCAAAUUUUAUAUUAAUAAAUAUAAAAUUUGGCGUCUAGUAUAUAUAUAUUGGAACACGACCCAAUUUUACGCCCAAUUUGAUUAGAUUGACAAUCAAAUUGGGUCGUGUGGACGGAAUAUGAAAGUCAAGGUCAUAGGGUGGUCGGCAUCGCCCGAUUUGGGAUUGCUCAGUCAAAUACUGAAAUUGGCGAUCAGAUUGUACCCAAUUCAAUCGGCAAUCAAAUUGGGCAAUCAGAUUGUGUCGUGUGGAAGGGGUUUAAGGCGUUAAUAUAAUAUUUAAACAGGUUUUAAUAGACUACUAAAGUGCCUAGAUGCAUAGAAAUAGAUGAUUACUGAAAAACAUAUUGAAUUACCUAUUAAUAUGUAUCAAACAAGGAACAAGUUUUAUUAUUUCAUUUUACCUAUGUAGAAAAUAUUUUAGGUAAUUAGAGAAAAAGCAUAAAAUAAGUUAUACUUAAUAUUAUAUUAUGCUGUCAUCCUAUUAUCUUAAUGAAAGGCCAUCAGUUUGCAUUUAACCCUUGUACAUUUUACAAUAAAGAGAAUACACAUGAAAACUGUUUCGAUAACUGUUUUUCGCAAUUAUGAACAUAAUAAAUAUCGAUAGUACUAUAUAAUAUAAUUUUAAUUAUUGUUAAAUUUAAACUACAUCUUGUAAGGUGUUUAUCGUAUCGCUGUGUGUUCAUUUGCUACAUUUCAUAUCAUUAAGUAACUAUUUGCGUUAGAAUAUUGUAGGAAUCAUUUGUUUGAGUGAGAAAUGUACCUUAAAAUGGCGUAUAAUUUUAUAUAAAAUAAAAGUAUAUAAGUUGUGUAUAAAAGAAUUUUUAUUACUCUCGAUAAAGCGUACAUAAGGACAGACAUAAAGUGACAAUGUUUUUUCAUGUAUAUCAUAUACUGACAGCUACUUAAUUAUUAUUUUGUAUAAAAAAUGAAAAUUUUCAAAAAGUUAUUUAAUAAAAUUAUGUGAAAUAAUUUGUUGGAACAAUUUAAAAUUGGAACAGCUAAAAAAUCCAAUUAUCCCGUUGUUAUUGGAAUCUCGAAUCGAGAACAGGGUCUGUCGGUCGGUGCUGGUCAGCCAAAUCAGUCAGCUCUCAAGGCUGGCGAAAAUGAUUCAGUUCAUGAAUAGUUUACUCAUUCUUUAGUGAUCUUUCUUUUAUUUUAUUUACAGAUUAAGAAUUGUAAGUAUAAAAUAACUGACUGUGUAGUCCGUUAAUGGUUUCUGCUUUAUUUUAUACUUUCAAGAUUUAAUUAAUUAAACAUUUAUAAUUACUAUGAAAAAUAAUAUUACCCAGCCAGUCUGUCACAUAUGCCGUUUAACGAAGUUUAAACUGGCUGAUUUUAUUUAUUAUCGAAACCAGGGUGUUUUUUUGUCAGAUCCCAUAGAUGUAUUUUUUAUUGUGUGAUAUAAAUAAUUUAAAUGUGGACGUAUUAACAAUAAUUCUUUAUGUUAACCUAUUAAGUAAUUUAUUUAACAAAUCGAUUGAUUAUAAAAGGAAUAAAUUAUUUUGUUACUAAUACUGUGUUGAUCUCAGAUUGCGUCCCGGGCGAAUAUUCUAAUGGCAGGUAACAGCACAUGGUUUGAGCAGAAUUUAAUUUGAAAUUAUAUGGAAUAUUCAGCUGUCACUGACGCUAAAUUAAUAAAAUUAACAUUCGGGUGAUUAAUUUAACUGUCAUUACAGAAAUAAUAAAUAAAUUUGCUGUUGAUGUUUAAAGUGACGAAAAAUAGUAUUUAUUAUAUUAAGUUAAUUUAUGUAAGGCGACAGUUUUGUAAUAAAUUGUAGGCAAUAUUAUAAAAGAAUAAAAAAUAAUGAAAUAAAAAAAUAUUUUGUUUGAAGAGUGUCCUUUUUUAGAGCAGAAGCACGUGUAUUCUAACAAAGGGCUUUAAUGUAAAAAGGGUCUAAACAUAUAAAUCAAAAAAUAAUACAAUUCUUGGUUUUUUACUUUACAGUUCUCAAUUUUUAUUUGGGCUUUGUUAAUUAAAAUUUUAUAUAAUCCAAAAUAAUAAAUAGGAUUGAGAAUUAAAGUUACCUAUAAUAAUGUAUCGGAAUAUAUCUCUUCUAGUUGAAUCCUUUUGUAUCCUUUGGAAGUAGUAAGAAUGAUCUCAUUGUUGGCAAUUGAUGAAUCAUUCUACCGUUUACUACGGUCAAUAGCUUCAGACGAAUUGUGAAUGAAUCGCCGUUUUAAUUAGAUGCACAGAGCAAUAAUAUUUGUUAUGCGUGAAUCAUUUUUAUCUAACCAUUCAAGAAUAAGUAUGUUCUGAUUGAAAAAUAUUACUUUUGUGUUUUAGUGUGGUAUAUUUUAAAAUAUCUAUAAUUCAGUCGUUUUUUUAUUGAAAAAUCUGAGGACUGACUCUGAAGUCUGCUAUGUGAAGCCACAGCUCUAAACUAUAGACAGUUAAACUCACUUUCGCUUGACGUCUCCUACACAGACCUGAUAAUUUAAAUUCGUAGUAUUGGAGGUUAGGUAAAACAGUCAACAGCAACAGAGGUCCAUACAGGGUAAUUUGCCAUGCGUGCGGUUGACUGUACUUGAUUGGUCAUGAAAAUGUGAAAAUUAUAUUUGUUAAAUUAUUUUAACAAGAAGGUAAUGUAGAGAUGGACAAGAUAGCAUACUUAUAGCAUCGGAGUAAUGCCUCAGGUUGUGUGCUAAAGGUGCAGUGUUUUUAACAUUUGAUGCCUUUGUUACAUUUAUUUACUUAAAUUCAUUGCACAACUUAAAAGUUAAUAACAGGUAGACUUAAUGCCAUAAGUUAUUCUCUGUAAUCAAAUCUUGGGGCCAAAGGACAUUGCAAAAAAAAUGGUAAAAAUUUUAUGUUCAAAAUUAAUUUUAGUCAAAUAAGACUCCUUUUUUCAUUAUGAAACUAUAAAGAGACAAUAAAUGUUAUAAAACACUUUGCAACCGCUACAAAGCACCUUAAAUAUUGUGUUAGUUACCUAUCGCUAAGACAUUUUAUUUUUGUAUGUGAUAUAGUGACUGAUUUUGUUUGUGUACCAUUAAGUGACCAGUCAGAUGUGAUGUACAUUCUCAAUGUUCCUUGUCUCGUUAACUCUUGCUGGUCUGGGCUGACUUUUAUCUUACUGUUUUACGGAAAGUUGUAAAUAUUUAAUGAACAAAUAGCCUAUUUAUAUGA